AUGAAAGAACUGCUUAACGUUAUCCCUGAACAUUUUUGGAUGUUCACUCAAAAAGGAAAUGGAAUAUUCGUAGCGAGUUUGAAGGAGUUGGUUUGGAACAGUCUGCUGAUUCAUCUAUGUUUGCUGGGCUUUAUCGCGAAUGUUGAACAUGAGAUGGUACGCCAUUGCAACGAAAAUGAGUUGGCUUUUCCCGAAAAGGAAAAUCUUACAUUAUUUUUACUACGGUGGUUUGGACCACCGUUGAAGAAGUUCAAAUUUUUCAGUUCAACUUACCCUUGCAGUUGGCGCCAAAACGGUCAACCGGUUCAACCAUCUACCGGACAGUUGACGCAAAAACGCAAGUUCACUGAAAAAGUUGAACUAAAAGUACACGCCAAAAUGCCCCCUGUACCACCGUUGACCUUCAGUUUAACUAAAAAGGUUCAACAAAAGGUUGACGCCAAAAUUCGCCCUAAAAAUCCCUUUUUCGUGCAUUCUGACGUCCACAUAAAAGGUUUAGUGGCUUUGAAUGGGUCGUUUGUUGUGGAAUUAGUUAUUCCUUGGCCAGACUUCACUGCCUUUACAAAUCUAACGGGUGGAUUACAUGCAGCUUCUUCAGGUAUCGCUGUCGUGCUGGGUUUAAGAAUUUUACUAGGCGAUUCAUUCAUUUCUGAAUAUGAAAAUAAGAUAAAUAAGUUACCAACAAAAAAUGAAAACAGGAGAUUUUCAGGGAAGAUAUCUUUAUUACAACACCAGCAGGAAGCCAAUACCAGUCAAAGUGGUGCAGACGGUGGAAUAAUCAACUCGUCAUCAAGACCAUUAACUCGAAUGGCGAACGAGUACGGAGUGCAAAAAUCAAGUGGAUUGGUGUCUGCUGGAUUUGCACAACGGAUCUCUACCGUCAAUCGCCCUGGAUCUCGUGCUGGCACGGCUACCUCAGGAACCAAUGCUAUGAGAGCAGUCACAGCUUACAGUCAUAAUACGGCAACAGCUGACCGACCAACAACUCAGCAAGGACUUGGAGGUUUAAAAACAGCUUCACGUGGACUCCCUCAAAGGCAAAUACAAGAUAAAUUUUAUUAUACGAAUAGCAAUCUGGGAGUGUUGCGGGCCAAAAUGACGGAGGUGAAUGCAGAAAUGGGGAAACUUACCAAGAGCAUUGAGAAAAAUAACAAGGAAUUGCAAAGUCUACCUUCGUUGGAAAAGCGAGUGAAAGAAAUGGCUACGGAAAUAACAGAUUUGCAGAGCCAGGCUGCUGAUUUGAAUUUACUUCAAGAAAUAAUCGCCAUCAGCAGUGACGCCUCGCAAAUGGAAAUAGAACUUCAAUCGUUACUGACAAAUGAACGCGAAGCUCACGAAGCCGAAGAUAUAUUUGAGAUUGUCAAAGCAGUUAUGGAGAAAAUUGCAUCGUUAGAACGGGAGAUUCAAAGGUAUGAAAAUGAUGAAGCAGAGAAAUUUGUCACGUCUUUGGCACCAGAAGAUCAAGAAAAAUACUCGCAGUUGAAAACGCAACAGAACAGAUUGGCCAAGGAAGUUGAAAAUGCAACUACGCAGUUGACUGUGCUGAGAGCUCGAGCACGAAAACUGGAAGAAAAAUUGCGUCUCUCACCCGUGAAAGAAGCAAUGUUUCAACUGCGCCAGUCUCUAUUUCAAUUAGAAACCAAAUACGAGCAGAUGACUGAACAAGAUGCAAAACGUCUGGAUCCCGAAGGGGAACGAGCUCACCUGGUGGCCAUUGUCAAAAGUGACAAUGCCGAGGUGGCUGCUAUGGAACUACAGAUCAAAGAAAUCUUGGCAGAAAGAGAGAGAUUGCGAAAUGAACUGCAGGAAGUUGACAACACGUACGAGGAGAGUCGGAGUGAAAGAGGCCAGAAAUAUCGAGACUUGCGAAAACGAGAGCGAGUCAUGGACGAAUUCUUGUCUUCAUGGGAAGACAGUUGUAUCAGUGAAGUAGAUCGUCUCAAAGAACUGGAGACCUUGAUCGCACAAACUUUGAACAAGAUUGGCAAACAUCAGUCUUUAAUGCAGCUUGUGCCCAGGAGAAUGACAACUGGAAAACGUGGGACUGCAUUGCGGUAUUUACCUGCAGGGCCAUAUUAGAUCGUAAUUCCUGUCAAUAUAUGAUGAAAGUUACCACAACACAAAGUCGGGCAUAUUUUUGUUGUCGGGCUUAUUUUCAAGACCAACAUGUCGACGAAAAAGGUAUAUCACUUGAAAUUCUGUAAACAAUUUACAAGUUAUACUAAAAGUGAAAUGCUGGUUGAGGAAAAUUAUUCGUUUUUUUGUCA